UUGGAUCGAGAGAGGGAGCGAGGGGAGAACAAAAGAUCAAAUUAAAGGAAAGGAAAAGUGAAAAGAAAGCUAGCUAGCACCGGUGGCUGCAGGGCCAGAGCAGGGGGUUGUCGUUGUAUUUCUGGGUUUGGGAAUGGCUGAACAAUAGAGAAGAAGGCCUGCAACAGAAUCCAAGACCCAAACUCGGUAAUGCUUUAGGAACGACGAUCUGCAUAGAUUCUCUCUCUCUCUCUCUCUCACCAACAAUUUCCCUUGCCACACUACUUAUAAUCUGACGUACCUCACCAACACUUUCCCUUGCCACACUACUUAUCUGAAGUAGCCGUGCCAUCCACCACAAACAUCCCCAAUAUUCAUUCAUCCCAAAAUCCAUGAGAGAGAGUCAAAAAAAGGUGUUGUGAUCUGAAUCGCAAGGGCUGUGAUGUUAGGUUUUCAUUUGGUUCGGGAUGACCGUUGAAUGGAACGUCGGAAAUGCAAGUCCAAGAUAACUAUGAGUCCCUAGCUAGCUUGUAAAGUCCAAUAUUAUCAGAGAGAAUAAAAAAGAGGCAGACACAUACGUAGCAGAUCAAAGACAAAAACCCAAACGAGUACUGGUUCUCUUCCUCUUGAUCAAGGUGUUCCUGAUCAGUUCUCUGAUCUUUCUAGCUUGUUCAUGGAGUUUAAGAGAAGUAGCAGACUGGGGUCCAUAAAAAAACCACCUCUUUUCUACCGUCUCUCCAUCUUCUUCCUCUCAUUUUGCGUACUGUUCAGCAGCAUCUGCUCCGUACCUACAUCUCAAGCUAGCACAUGUUCUUUGUCUGAUAAGGCUGAUAUGCAUUUUCAGGAACUUGAGAGAAGAGAUGAUCAGGGAGAGGGCAUAUUGGUGUCUCUGGAGGAGGGAGCUGGAAGAUCGGGAAUUUCAAUGAGCAUGUCAAGGAGGCUUUUGGGUGGGCCCGGGUCAUCGCCCCCACAAUGCACUUCAAAGUGCGGCAGGUGCAUGCCCUGCACGCCGGUCCAUGUGCCCGUGCCACCCGGAACGCCGGUGACCACUGAGUAUUAUCCCGAAGCUUGGAGGUGCAAAUGUGGCAACAAGCUGUACAUGCCCUGAGUUGGUAUUACAUGCUUUGUUUUAUUUGCCUGCAUGCUGCAUAUAUGGUGGGUUUAAGAGAUGAGAAUGGUUUUAGAUGAAUGAUGAAAGUGGA